AUAGAGCUGAUAUUUGUAUUUUUGUGUUCUCAAUAAUUUUUGAGUUCAUUGAUCAAGAAUUGUGAUUUUUAUGAGUUUUGAAUUAAUAAGUGUUUGUUUUUAUUAUGUGUAAACUUUAAUAAUAUAACUUUUUAAUUGUGUGAUUUGUUUUACGUCUGUGUUAAGGAGAUUUUAUGUCUGGAAUUUGUGCUUUGUGAUGCAAUGAAAAUCAGAAAUCAGCAUCGAUGUGUUUUGAAGCUUUUGUCUUGAAGUUAUUGUGGUCAAAUUAAGCAGGGAACAUUCCUUAGGUUUCAUGGAUUAUCGAAAAUGCUCUGACGUCAUUCUAAAUGGAUUUAAAAGUUAAGAAGAGUUCGCGCAAUUCCUAGUCCAAUGUGGUCCUUCCUGUCUGGAAUUAUGGGAGUGUGGCGAGGAGACAGCAGAUCGUGUGAGCAAAGGGGGAUAAUCUACUCCGGACCAACACUCACACGACCAGUCAACAUGAAUGACAACCAGUCUACUCCCCAGCCAAUCAAAACCACCGAUACAUCCACCCAGCCAAUCCAAGAGCCUGAAACAGUCAAUGACAACCAGCAACCAAUGGAAAACGCUGAUACUCCCGCAAACCAAGUUCAAACCAGUCCAGUGAAAAUCCCAAGUAACAAUGCUGUGAUACAACAGAAUGAUGAAAGUAACAAGUCUGUUGAAAAUUCAAAUUCAAAUCAGCCAAUCAGAUUCAACCUUACAAACAGUCAACCAAUCAGAUUGUCUAGUUCUUCAUCUUCUGAUAGUUCAGACCAUUCAAAACGAACAACUUGGGGUCAAGUUAAAAAUACUUCACCAAAGAAAACAAAAAAGGACAAACAAGACAUUGAUGAAAAAGAAUCAGGAUCGCCCCACCAUUCACCAACUAAACACAAAAACUGUAAAGCCAUGACGUCUUGGAAAGAUAUUUCACCAUCUAAAUCAGCUUCUAGCUCUGACCUUGAACACAGUUGCCAUAGCAACCAGAGCACAGACUGCACACAUAGAAUAUUUAGAUUUAGUUCGAGUAGGUCAUUAAAAGAUUUAAAUGAGUCCACAUCAAGUUCAAAUACUGACAAUGAGGCUCAGAAGCCGAAAGAUGUUGAAAAUGUUAACAAGGAUAAAGAAGUUAAAACAUGCUGCAAAAAUGAAUGUGGUUCUCCAUGCAAGAAAUCUGGGGUUUGCAAAUGUGUGAAGAAAUGUAAUGUCUGUUGCCAUGACAAACAAGAAAAACAGAUAUCCCCCGACAACCAGAAUGCUCUAGUCAAUAGUCAGACUUCUUCAAAUGACAACGGAUCCCCAAAACGUGAGCGAAGAGACCCAAAUGAUGAUAAUUGUGACAAUGAUUAUUUUUACGAUGAAGACUUCAGUGUUCAAUUUGAUACUAACUUGAGAGAAACAUCUGUGACUCCAAUAGAAUCAGAUCCAAAUACAACAAUUCUUGAUUUUCCUAAUAUGGUUACUGGCAGCUACUUAAGAUUCAAUGGUGGGUCUUCCAAUGUCAGCUUCAAUAAUUCCAAAGCGUCGUCUCAAAAUGCGAGUGUUAACACUCUAAAAGUGUCAAACACUGAUAAUACAAUUGACUUAGCUGCACAGUAUGAAGCUGGGCAGUAUGAUUCUGAAAACUCUGGAAAUUCUGGUUCCCAUGUUUCUACAAUGGAAAUUGACUCGAGUGACCAAAAUAUGCUGGGCUCAAGUGAUCUGAUAGAUUUGAGCGACGGUCCCCUUUUUACCCCAACACCUUCUAAUAGCCGAAAUGAGGAGUCAUGUGACAGCCUAGAUGGUAAAGGUGAAGGUCAAGUUGAAAAAGGUCAGGGUGAAGGUCAGGAUAGUGAUAUGAGUGGCAGUAAUGGGUCGUCAUCUGAUACAAACCUGAAUGUAAACUGUAACACCAGAAAAGAGGAAUAUUUUUUAUCGUUUGAUGGCUCCAAUUCAAAAGUGUCUGGUUCAGAAACUGAUAUCUCUUUGUCCUUUACUUCUCAUGAUUCCUACCAAGGUCAUUGGAUGCAGAGCGAAACCAGUCAAGGGUCACAUGACUUACAUUGCAACGGUUGCCAUGGUGAAGGUCAUGAGGCUAGCAACGAGGUUUCAGGCUCAGAGGGGCAGGAAGAAAGCACGGACAGUUUCCACAUUUGUUUCAAUAAGCUGUCACCACGUCACAAAAGUGGCCAAUAUGUUGCUAGGGAGAACUUGACUGGUCGCGUUAUGAAGAGACUGGUUACAGUGAAAGAGAGUUCACCUGAGCAUGGGAAUUCAUCGGAAGAUGAAAAUACUAGAACAAGCACCACUUUAACUGCUGGAAGCAAGACUGUGUCCUCAGUAAGUCCUCAAAUGUCACUAAAGAAGAGAAAUUUAAAGCCAAUCUGUCAACCAGUCGGCAAGGUCAAUGUUGAAGGUCAUUGUCAUAGUAACCUGGCCGUAGGUCAAAAAGAAGGUAAACCAGAACAAUUGUAUUUGGUGGGAAUUGGAAAACCGUUAGAAAUUCUUCGCAAAGCUAGUGUACAUAGCCAUUCAUUACCUCCGAAAUCCAAACUGGUUUCAUGGAAACAAGUAAAAAAUAUCAAGAACGAUAGCAGCAAAUGUCAAAGUUUGCCGGAAAUACCAACAUGCACUAGUUGGGAAGAUAUAGCAGCCCUAAAAUGCCGGAAAUUGGCAGAUGUGAGUGAGAGUUUUCACAACAAGAGGCAUUCUGCCUCACUGCUGGAGUUUUAUCAGAGAAUGAAGAGUGAAUCAAAUCCAGUUUCCCCAGAUACAAUGAAUAACCUUGAGCAAAUUUUGUGGCCAAAUUUUAUCAGUCAAAAAGUAAAAUCCGGAGAAUUGACAGAUUCUUCAGGAUCAUCGCAAGAAUGUCCUCAUUGUUUGGGCAAACUGCAAGGUGUCGAAUUGGCUGACAGUGGUACGAAAGCGUACACAAACAAGAGGAUUUUUGAUUGGUUGAAAAUGGAGUGCUCAGGGUCGCUUAAAGAUUCCAACAGACCAAGUUCACUCGCUUGUCAGACUUGUCUGAUACCAGAGUGUUCAACAAAAGAGACAUUAAUUUCACCACAGACUGUUACAUUAUGGUGUGGUACGAAAACUGUGGGAUCCCAGUUCCCGCCAAAAACCAAGGAUUGUGCAAUUCAAACGUUUGUGAACCUCCAAAACUCCAAUGACAAUCUGAACUUGAAUGAUAAGUUUAUGAAUUGUGUUAAGAAAGAUCAGGCUUUACAAACGUCGGAUUUUGAGGAAGAAGAAAUAUUGUCGAUCUUAUCGGACAAUUUUGAAGAUUUCAAUUUUCUAAAGUCCAAUGAAAGAAGUGCAAAAGAACUGAUAAGUUGCCCAGACUUAAAAUAUUUUGAGAAUGAUCUAAAAAACAAAAGUGCUAAGAUUCAAAGAUCAAAAAGUGCAGAAGGUUAUCGAAACCCUAAUGCAUCACAACCAGUACCUCAUGAAUACGCUUCUGGGGUUGGUCGAUCACGUUCAGUGGGACGCUUGGGAGAAAGGUCUUCAUCUGUGUCAUGUAGGCGCAGAAUGGGGAUAAGCAAACACUAUUCCCAACAGUCGUUGCCAGAUAUAGCGUUCUUAACUUCUUCUAUUUCGAUCGACAAGGAAGAAUCAAGGGACUCGCUAUUUGACAUAAUGAAACUCGACCUUCCCUACCCUGUAACCAUUGCACCGAAAACAGAGCUUGAACAAUUUAACAUUUACAAACAGAGUUCUGGCCCUUGUCAUCAUCACCAUGACAACAAGAAACCAAGCAUCUGUCAGAAUAGCCAGUCUCAACCACAACAACAAUUGAAAGAACAACAACUACAGAAUAUUAAGACCAAAUGUUGCAUCAAUAUUGCAAAACUUAGCUUAAAAUCCGACCCAGAUUCCGCAUCAAGCAGUAGUGGAAUUUCAACCAGUUCCGCAUCAUCUGGUAUUGACCCUGGUUACUGUGACUGUAGGUCAAGGUCAUUGGAAAGUCCAGAAAACGACCUUGAGAGAUUAAUAUUCUUCCCACCCCAUACUGAGGAGAAGAUUAAGAUCGCUAAAGAUUGUUGCAAUGCCAGGCGAAAAGCUCAGUCUGUUCCUAGCCGAUUGUCAGAGUGUGCAAAUGCUAAUGGGUAUGAGACAAAAUUCACCAAAUAUGCAAAUGAGGCACGACCUCUUGUUGCCAAAGUUCAAUGUCAAGGCUCAAAAGGUCAGUGUAGGAUUAGCGCAAAGUGGAUCAGUGGAAAUAAAAAUGUGGAAGGGGAGGUUGCGGCUGACAAUUUGUAUGCUUUGGAAGAAGAGCAGACACCGGUAGCAUCCCCUGAUGGCCCUGUUUACCAUAGAGACAGCGGUUGCUAUGAAAACAGCUGCCAUGAUGCUACAUGUAACCAUGACAACAGCAGUUGUGGAUUAUACGGGGGAGGGGAAACUGACUUUACAGAAAGUGAAUUCUACCAGGCUGUCGAAAAUGACAGAAUGAUUGUGGUGGGAAAUGGUUACUAUGCCGGCGUUGCCAUGGAUAUUGAUUCUAACUCCUCAAGCGGGAGUUCCAUUCCAAAUGGUGAUAGAAAGCCACUUAAGUCUUGUCUAAGGAAGCGUAACCGGACACUGAGGUCAACUAGAUCAAUGUCAGCAACUGAUACAAUGACCUUGAACUUCGAUGACAUUGAGGCAAAGGUGCGCAAUCAUCGCCACUCAUACGGCUGUGACGAGGUUUACAUAGUGCAGGACGAACAUGGACAGAUGAUGAUGUAUCAAGCAGACGACUCCGCAGAACCUGUUAUGUUCUACUUGGGUAAGGAUGGUGAAUGCCAUAUGACAGAGGGACAGAGGAACCACUUGGAGAACUUCGGAUCUCUUGCCAAUUUCAACAUUGAAGCUGCUGAUAGCAUACACGCUAGCGAUGAUAGUUCAACUGAUAAAGAAGGGAACGGUAAGCGCAAAUCUGUGAGUUUUGCGUCCGAAGUUUCUAUCCAGUCGAUAAGCCCAGCUGCAUCACCACGGAAACAGCAGACGGCAGAAAAUGGUAGUCAAAGUGAGGCUGACACACAGGAAGUGGAAUCAGACAAACAGGAAUUGACAUCAGAUAAACAGGAAGUGACAUCACAGAAGGAGACUGAGAAGGAAAUUGAAGACACAUCCCCGGAAAAAGGAAAGCCUUUGUCGCCAGAGGCAGGUGCUUGUAGCCUCGAUGAGAGUUGUCAAGGAGACAGUUCCAGCACAGACUCCGCCCCUAGUGAGUUCCACGUUACCAUGGAUACCAAUGACAAUCUUUGGUUCGAAGACGUCAUGUUGGAGAAAAUAGGGUUGUUAGAGUCAAUAUCGAAGGCCUCAGAUGUUCUCGUGGCUCAUUUUGCCACAUCAACCAGUACAUUUGACAAGUUGAGGUUAGGCAACACUACUGAGACCCCUGUGUUGGGAGAUAUUGUCAUCACUCGGCUGUGUACGGCAAUUACAGCUGUGUUGCAGGAUGGACUGAAGCAUCAUUUAGCUGGGUUCCAGAUGUUUGGCAGUGUUCAAGUGACAGUUUGGAAAGUGGUCGAAGCCUCUGUGGAAAUAGUACCUCAGACGAGAUCGCUCUGUGACCUUGUACAGAAAGUUAAACAAACAAGCUAUCUGGCAACACAUCAACAGAAGUUUGAUGCCUUUGUAUUUGGACUUCUUAACCUGAGAGUGCUGGACUUCUGGAUGAGUUACCUUAGACAGAAAGAAGAACAACUAGCCAAGUUCUACAACUCUGGGGCAAUCCUAGUUCACUCCCCUACAGCUCUGAAGAAACACUAUGAUGACAUGAUUACCUCCCUUGGAAAAAUGAGUGUACUCCCUUUCCAUCUUGAUAUGACCUUUAUCAAGGAGAAGGCGCUUACAGAUUCCAAAUUCAAGUCACAAGAAAUGACAAAUUCUGAUACAGGAAUGGUUGAAGUAGCAGCCAAUCAGAAUGCAGAUGUUGACACUCCCACCAAUUUAACCCCAUCACGAAGCAGACCCAGUAUGCUUGAUUUCAGCGCUUCCAAAGCCCUUAACUGGCUGGCUAAUGCAACAAUAUCACGAAUGCAGAGUUCUGUAGAUGUGACUGAUUCUAAGUUCAAAACAUCUGAUUCAACCAAUGAAAGUACUGACUCAGAUUGUUCAACCAAUCAGGUGCCAGAGUUAACAAAUGUGCUGGAUGAUAAUGAUGAAGUUAUUUCCAAAACCAUUAAGCCUAAAUAUGAACUGAGUGAAUCACAAAGGCAGCUUUACUCUGAUGCCAAACUAAGCCAAUUAGAUGUGGAUCCAUUUAUUUCUCAAAAUGAAAGUUUAAGAUCAAGUAUAAGCUCAGCGACUGGUUUCACCUCUCUUUUCUCCACCUUGUCUGCAAGACUAGGAGAAAACAAGUCAAACCAGUCAAGGUCAGGUGAACAAUCCAUCAGCCAAUCACUGACCCAGUCUAUGACAUCAUCAGCAUCCAGCCUGAUGUUGCGCUUGACUGGUAUAAAGUUAGGUUCCAGCCAGAAGACUUAUAAAAAAGGUGUAACAGAUUACAGUUUUCAAGAUGAAAUCACGAAAAAUGAACCAGUCAAGAGUGAAAAUCCUGAUAUGAAAGUAAACCAGUCUGAUAAUGCAGAAAAUCCAGCCAAUGAGAAUGAGGCAUCAAAGAAAGCUGUGAAUGAGGAAAAAGGUGACAAAGAAAUUGAAGUAAAGUUUAGGGAGAAGAAACCGGACGCCCAGGCUUGUGAAAAUAGGAACAAAAGAGUGUCAUUUGACAUUGUCAAAAUGUUUGACAAACUUCUGUUGCCUGGAAGUAAUCCUGAGGGCAAACCAACACAACCUAAACCAGUCAGUAAAAUUCCAGUACCGAAAAAUCGAUGGAGUUGGAACUUUGGGAUUACAAAAUCUACAUCACCUGCCAUUUCUGAAAACCAGUCUACAUUGAGUAAAGCUUCUACUGAUACUGACUUGAAAACACAGCAGCUUACGACAACCAAAGAAAACCAGUCUAAAAAUAGAGGAAAAACAACAGAUUCUCCACGUAGAAAUGAACAUUUUCCUAAACAUGGACCAAAACCUGCCUCGACAGAUAAUAAAUUACGCAAGGGCAGUAGAACAUCAACAAAGACAACUGCUUCAAGAGUUUCUGCCCCUCCUAAACCACCUAGACUGGUUCAGUCCGAAACAGACAGCAAAAAAUCGACACCAGUUCACCAGGCUAGAAACAAGUCUAUGGCAACAUUGUAAACUUUCACCUAAUAUGUUUGUCAAUGUGUUCUGUCUUGUUGUGUAAACCAUAGGUGGUAGUAUUGGUCAGAUGAUUUCAUUUUAUAAUUAUAUACAUAUGAGGGGUGAGUGUGGUCUAGUGGAUACGGUGUCCGCCUCUCAACCAAGAGGUCGUGGGUUCGAACCUCACCAGGGGUACUUUUUCAUGGCCUCUGAUAAAGAACACUAAUAUUGGUUUCUAUUGAUGAAGCCAGUUUUAGAAUUCAUAUCGGCUUUCACCUGUCUUGACAAUCAACUCAAAUAAAUUGGUAUAAACUAAUAAAAAUUAUAAUAUCAAAUUUAUAUGAUACAGACCCUGACCGAUACCGCCACAAAUGGUUAACACAAUAUGGUUAACAAUAUUUGUAUAUACAAUAUGAGCCACAUUGCGCAAUUUUGGGCCUUCAGACAUUCAUUUGGUUUUUAUUAUUUUAUUGAGUGUAACUAUAAAAUUUCAUGAAGAAAACUCCAUGGUGAUUUCUCUGAAAGAUACGUGAUUACAAAACAGAACGGAAAUUUAAAUAGACACUAUGACUGUAGUUAUAAAAAGUCAAAAUUAAAGAAAACAUUGCUGUUAUGAAAACUGUCGUCAAAACAUUGUCUGUUAUUUGUCAAGGAACUUAAUUUCCAAUGACAUUCCUUUUAAUACAAAAAAAUGAUAGAAAAUAAAAUGCAUUGAAAAAAUCAUUAUUUUCGGCAUCUUAUAUUUAUGAUUAUUUCAUUGUAAUUAUCAUGUCGGAAGACCUAAAUCGCGUGAUGCGGCCCAGAUAUCAUGUUUGUUUAACCAAUGCAUUGAUGUCAUGGAAAAUGUAGCCAUGUGACCAAUUUAUGGAGCUAAUGUACAUACAGUAGUUAAAAUAUUCAAGUGUUCAAAUUUUUUCUUUGAACAUAAAAAAAGCUUCUAUAAAAGUACUUAAACUCGGCUUUAAAAUAGAUAUUUAAACAGAACAGAACAGAACACACUUCAGACUGGAAGCUUCAUUUUGAUUUUUUAAUUUUCUCAUUUACAAUUUUACAUUUAUGUGUAUGUAUACCAUGACAAAAAGGUAUAUAUUUGUAUAUAUAUAUAUGUGUGUUUAUGAUUGAAACUUUAUUUUAGAUUUGUAUAUACAUGUUCAAGAUUUUAUUUAUUAUAAGGUGUUAUUGGUAUUUUCUGGCUAUUUAAGUAUAUGUAAGUUGACUGUAACCUGAAAUAUUUGAAGUUGUGAAAAUGGCAUUGUAGUUUUUAUAGUAUUGAAAAAAAAAUCAUUUGUGAAGAAAAUGAUUAUGCCUGAUUUUCUUUUUCAUUUUUGUGAUCAUGUAAUGUAUAUAGGUUUCAUGAUAAUUAGAAAUGAUUGCAUUAUGUGUUAUCAUUUAUGGGAUGUAAAAAAUGUUGUUAGUGUAAAUUUCAUAAUAGCUUCUAUUUAUCAUGUUAUUUAUUUUCAAGAUGUAUAAUUCGGUUGUUCUAAGCUAGUCUGUUUUACAGAGUUAUUGUCAUAGCUUUGGCAUUGUUGACAGUUUGUGGUUUUAUAAAAAACACUAAACUGUUAUUUUUAUCCCAGGAUAUUAAUAUGCUAUUCGAUACAAACGUUUAAUUAUGUCCUUGUGUAUGUGUGUAGAAAGUCUUAAAAGUCUGGCUAAAUAAAGUAUAGAGUUAUUCCCCUUUAUGUAAAAGUCCCAAAGGUCUGACUAAAUUAAGUGUAGAGUUAUUCCCUUUAUCUAAAAGGUCCAAAAGUCUGGCUAAAUGAAGAAUAGAGUUAUUUCUCUUUAUGUAUGAGUCACAAAGGUCUGACUAAAUUAAAUGUAGAGUUAUUUCCCUUUAUGUGUGAGUGCGAAAGCUCUGGCUAAAUGAAGUAUAGAGUUAUUCCCCUUUAUGUAUGAGUCCCAAAAGUCUGAUUAAAUGAAGUAAAGAGUUAUUCCCCUUUAUGAAAGAGUACAAAGUCCCUGACUAAAUUGUGUAUAUAGCCAAAUCCAAUAUUUUGCUGAGAAAAACAGACGGUCGUUGGCCUCAGCUUGCCUUGCUUAUGUUUUCUUGUGAUAUUCUUGCUUAAAAAAGGUGUUGUGAAUUAUUAUAUUAAACAUUUUUGCCUAUUUAAUCUUUCAUUGGUGUAAUGUUAAUUAUAAUUGUAUAAUUAUGUUUUUUGCUUUAGAACUCCAAUUGUAAAAUGCUUAGUCUGUGUACAAUUCUAAGUGCAUAUAUAUAUGUUCACAUACAUUGUUCUUAUUUAAAUUAAUGUAUAAUAACAGAUAACAAAGAUUUCAUUCUAAUGUAUGUAAUUCACUAUCAUUGUUCAGAUUUGGUCUGUGGUCUGUAUUCAUUAACAUGUUUGAGUUUGGGGUCUAUAUCCAUAAACAUGUUUUAAGUCUUAGGUCUGUAUUCAUUAACUCAUUAUGAUUCUGAAGUCUGUAUUCAUUAACAUAUUUUAAUUCUGAGGUACAGUAAACAUCAAAAUUAGUUAGCAUGCUUUGAUUUGUUUGCUCUGCAUUCAUUAACAUAUUUUGAUUUUUCGGUAUGAUAUUAAUUUAUGAACAUCUUUUAAAUCUGCGUUGUGUAUUCAUUAACAUAUUUUAAGUCUGAGGUACAGUAUACAUCUAUUUUAAUUGGCAUGUUUUGAGUUUUGUGUCUUUAUUCAUAAACAUAUUUUGAUUCUUCAGUACGAUAUCUAUUCAUAAAUAUGUUUUAAAUCUGGGUUUUGUAUUUAUUAACAUCUUUGAGUCUGGCCCUGAUUUCUUGAAACUCCUUCAGCUAAACAGACUUAAGUAGCUUAUUUUGUUUAGCAAAAUUUCUUGCUUUAACCUGAUUUUGAUAAAUCAAACUCAGUUGUUCGUGAUUAUCAGACAGAUAACUUCAAUCAACAAUAAAAAAAAACUUCCAAAAUAGUAAAUAUUUCACAAAUUAUGUAAGAACAAAAAUAAUGAGCUUAGCUUAAUCAUCUUAUAACAGACAUAGGUAGUUUCGAGAAAUUGGCCCAAGGGGUGUGUCUUCUCAUUCUUGCUAUAAGACCGGCCCCUGGUUUAUCCCCUCGUUAUAUAAGGCAAAUAUGUGAGGCGUAAAAAGGCGAAUCGACGGAUGAUUGGAAUAGAGAUGAAAGAUAAAUAUUCCUAUGCUUAAAUUCUUGCUAAAUAUAAACAUUUCAAUUUUAUUAUGCUACGUCUUACAUCUAAAAAUAUCGAUUUUAUUCUGCUAAAUCUUACUUCUAAAAAUAUAUAUUUUUCAAUUUUAUAAUGGCAAGUCUUACUUCUAAAAAUGCUGAUUUUAUUAUGCUAAGUCUUACUUCUUAAAAUGUUGAUUUUAUUAUCCUAAGUCUUACUUCUAAAAAUAUCAAUUUUAUUAUGCUUAGUCUUACAUAUAAAAAUAUCGAUUUUAUUAUGCUAAGUCUUACUUCUAAAAAUGUCAAUUUUAUUAUGCUAUGUCUUACUUCUAAAACUGUCAAUUUUAUUAUGCUAUGUCUUACUUCUAAAAAUAUCAAUUUUAUUAUGCUAAGUCUUACUUCUAAAAAUAUUGAUUUUAUUAUGCUAUGUCUUACUUCUAAAAAUGUCAGUUUUAUUAAGCUAAGUCUCACUUAUAAAAAUUUAAAUUUUAUUAAGCAAAGUCUCACUUAUAAACAUUUUCAUUUUUACAAACCAAGUCUUACUUAAAAAAAUGUAAAUUUUAUUAUGCUAAUUACUUCUCAGUAUUUUGAUUUUAUUAAGAUUAGUAUUUACUUAUAAAAUGAUUGAUUUAUCAUGCUAAGUCUUACUUUUUAUUAUGCUAAGUCAUUCGUAUACAAAUGUUGAUCCUGUGCAAUAACAUAUUUACAUAUUCUACAAUUUUCUUUAUUAAAUUAUGUACUGUAACAUUGAAAUCUUUCAUAAUGCUAAAUUCAUAUUUCUUAUGCCAGUCUGCAAUAUUAAGUUAUACUACUGGCCCAAAUUUCGCAAAACAUCUUAAGUCCCUUAUAACAGGAUUAAGCUAAUCUCACAAUUAUUGUUUUCCUAAAAUUUGUGUAAUAUUUACUUCUCUUAAGAGACUUUUGACUUAAAAUAGAAAUGAUGUUUCUGAUAAUUACAAUUUUUUCAAUAUAGAAAUCAAAUUUAAGUUUGUAUUUUGGCUAAGUGAAGUGAACUACUUAAGCCUAUUGAGCUUAAAGGGACCAGACACCAGAUGAUACAAGUGCAGGAAAAAAAAUGAAAAUUGUCAAAAACUCGAUAUCGUUGUUUACAACACAUUGAAUCUUACUUACAGAUGUAUCAUUGCUUACGACACAUGCAUCUCGCACAGGUUUUUUUCCAAAUCGAAAUUUAUUGGGGUUGUCUACCAUGUAAAUCCCAGUAAGUUUAAAAUAUAGCCUCGGUAUAUUUAUCUGUACUCAUAAACAGAUAUGAUUUAAACUAGGAAACCGUUAUGCGCUAUUUUUAAAUGGGAAACUCAGAUGAGACAUGAAAAUAAUUGUUGCACUUAUUAUUUUAAUCAUGUUAAAUGAUGUAUUAUUUGCUUUCUUUGAGCUCACAUUGACAAUUCUGGGGUUGUUUUGAGGAAUAAUUGUAUUUGCCGAUUUUUGGACCAUCUGGUGUUUGGUCUCUUUAAAAAGUUUCAAGAAAUUGGGGCCUGGUAUCUGAUGUACAUGUACAAACAUCUCAUUUUAUUAUGCUAUUGGCAGUUAUGUUGAAUUUGAACGCUUGGCGCCCAAGUAUAAUUUUGGUAUUAUUUCAUAGGGCAUUGGAUUCAUAUUACUAAUGUUUUUGUACUUUAUUUCAACGGAAAUUUGGCAUGAAUGACAUACCAUGGUAAAGAACCAAAGAAAAUUGUUUUGGGGUAUAUUGUUAACACAUUCAUUUCCUACUAAUAUUUUUCUAAUUAACACUUAUAUAAUGAUACCGAAAUAUUAUAGCGUUACCAUAUAUUAAAGAUUCUCAGAAUUGUUCAUCUGCUGCCUUGAAAAAGACCAGAAAAACCAAACCAAAUACAAAUGGAGUGUUCAGGGCAAGAUGGUUAUAUAUCCGGUAGAAGGGUUAUUGUCAGUCUUUUGCUUAGCCCUAAAGUUUAUUUGAUUAUAUUACUACUGCAAUUAAUCAAUGUACAUUGUAUCUCUUUCUUGGUUAAUGGGUAAUAUGUUUUAUGUUGAACUUUAUAGGCCAGUCACUUCCAACAAACCUUAUAACAAUGUUGGGUAAUGGAAUAAUAGCACCUCAUUGGUUAAUUUAAAUUAUGAUUCAACCAAUCACCAAUCAUCAGUGACUUAUUCAAAUAACUAGUAAGGGAAUUAUCAUUGAUUGCCAAUAAGAGCACAUGGCUGCUUAAUUCACUCAAAUCUCUUUAAAAUCUCGGACAUUGGCCUUGGACAAAUACACCGGCAUAGUGAUCUGACAAUUAUAGUAUCACUGGUUUGCCAAUUACAGCUGUUGAUGGCAUAAUCCAAUAAAAUCUAUUUAAAAGUCUAGGACAUCAGCCCUGAAUGAACAUAACAGUGCAGUGAUCUGAUAUUGGAAUUAUCAUUGGUUUACCAAUAAGAGCACAUGGUUGCUUAAUCCAAUCAAAAGUCCUUAAAAAUCUUUGACAUUGGCCUUGGACAACACAAGUGAUCUGGUACUGGAAUGGUUUGCUAAUGACAGCACAUGGUUGCAUAAUCGAAUCCAAUUCCUUUAAAAAUCUUGGACAUCGGCCUUGGACAAACAUAACGGCGUAGAGAUGAGGUAAAUCGAAUUUUAUUGGUCACCAAUGAAAUAUGAUAUAGUUGCAUUAUCCAAUCAAAUUUCUGUAAAAUCUUGGACACUGGCCUUGGACAAACAUACCACAUAGCGAUGAGGUAAUCAAAUUUAUGAUUGGUCACCAAUUAGAGCACAUGGCUGCAAAAUCCAAUCAAAUUUCUUUAAAAAUCUUGGACAUCGGCCUUGGACAAACCCAACAGCAAAGCGAUUUGAUACUCCAAUUAUCAUUGGUUUACCAAUAAGAGCACAUAGUUGCAUAAUCUCCAAUCAAAUUUCUGUUAAAUCUUGGACAUUGGUCUUGGACAAACACAAUGGGGUAGUGAUGAGGAAAAUCAAAAUAUGAUUGGUCACCGAUGAGAUAUGACGUGGUUGCAUAUUCAAUAAAAUUUCUGUAAAAUCUUGGACAUCAGCCUUGGACAAAUGCAACAGCGAUCUGAUUCUCCAAUUAUCAUUGGUUUACCAAUAAGAGCACAUGGUUGCACAAUCCAAUCAAAUUUCUGUAAAAUCUUUGACAUCGGCCUUGGACAAACAUAACGGCGUAGCGAUGAGGUAAAUCAACGUAUGAUUGGUCAUCAAUGAGAAAUGACAUGGUUGCAUAAUUUAAAAAAAAAACUUUUAAAUCUUGGACAUCGGCCUUGGACAAACAUAGGAUGAAGAGAUGAGGUAAUGAAAUUAUGAUUGGUCACCAAUGAUAGCACAUGGUUGCAUAAUCCAAUCAAAUCUUUUUAAAAAUCUCGGACAUCGGCCUUGGACAAACACAACGGCAUGGCGAUCUGAUUCUUUAAUUAUCAAGAGCACAUGGUUGCCUAAUCCAAUUAAAAUCUUUUUGAAAAUCUUGGACAUCGGCCAUGGACAAACACACUGGCAAAUCUGAUAAUUGGUGAUUGGUUAAUUAAAGUAGCCGGCCAACACAUUCUGUAAUCUGGUUGAGGAGAACAAUGUUUGUGUAUUCGUACCUCUGUAUUCAUCACAAAUUUAUGCCAUUUUAUGAUUAUGGCAGAGGUGUUUAUUAGACUUUCUCAUUGGCAAUGUAAAUGGCGCUUACACAUUAUACAUAUGCAUUUACAGUCGAAACCUGUUGGCUGGAUAUCGCUGGUUCAUUGUUGGCUUGAACUGGAUGUAAAUGACGAUUUUGUUUUACUCUUUGAAAGCAUUCCUGCUUGGCUUGAUAUUCACGAGCUCGAAAUAUUUGGCCCAGUCCCAGCAACACCGAGCCAACGGGUUUUUACUAUAUUAUUUGGCUGUGAUUGAAUUUGAUGUCUCAUAUAUUUUCUGGUCUCUAUUUUAUUUUUUUGUUAGCUGAUUUCUUUACAGAGGAGCAUUUCAUCUCGCCUCGCCACAAAUUUGUCUUUUUUUUUUCAAAAAGAGUAUUAAUCUUUCCACCCUUCCGACCUCAUCAUAUGCAUUUUGGUUUUCCAACCUUUGUGAAUUUCGAAUCAUUGUGGGUACCAAUAUAUCGAGGGGUGAAUAAGAAAUUCUUCUCUCUGAUAUUAUUUCAUUCGGAGCCCCAUGGCCACUUUUAUCGAAAACAACCAUGGAUGUAUAUGGACGGUUAACAUAGUCAGAAAACAGUACUGUUUAAGUCCGCUGCAAAUAGAUCCCUUAGUAAUUUAAUUUAGCAGUUAAACUUACUGACUUAACUCUUGUUAACCUAAAUUAUGUUUGCAAUGAUACACUUCACUGGCAAUCAAUUUUAACUUAGCGGUAGAUCCAUAAAUACCAGCUAAAACACUAUAUUCCAUUUAUGAUAUAAUUCAAAAAAUUAGGAACUGCUUCUGAUGUUCCGGCAUACAUCCAAGGUUGUUCUCAAUAGAAAUGGCUGCGGAGCUCCGAAUGAUAUUAUUUUUGAUGUCACUCAUUGACACAGACUAUUUUCACACCACCCUUCGAUUUGGUACCACAAUUUUUUUGGAAGGUCAUUGUGCUAAAUUUGGUGUUGUGAAUAUUAUUGUUUUGAUGAACAUUGUCAAUAUGUCUGGGGAUUGGUGCAAAAGCGACGUAACUAUGAAUAUUUUAAUAUGUAGUUACAAGUGUUAUGCAACAACUCUUGAUAGGCGCUUAUUACCUUUCUUUAAUUGUUUAAUCGACGGCUCAGUGCAAUACAAACGUAUCUCCUUCUAAUUUUGAUACAUCGUUUGGUACCUCUCAUACACUACUGCGCUAUGCUUCGUUGUGUCCCGUUGGCGAUUUGGCAAGAAAAUCUCGUUAUCAUGAAUAAUCAAUGAGGCGGUUUUAUUUUCUUUAAGAAACCAUUGUGGCAAUAUGCACAUACACUGAAAAAGUAAAUUGGCUUAGACUGGGAUUACACUCUGUCUGCAAGUUCUUUUCAAAUUUCAAAAGAGCUACGUAGACCACUCGCCUGUGGAGACAACUGACAUAACAGGGUUAUUAUAGAGUUUUCAAUUUGAAGAAGAGUUGUCCCCCCUGCUUCAUGCUUUUUCAUAAAAAACCCAGAUUUUGCCAGUCAAUUUUCACACUGUAUUAUCAUAGAGUGUAAUGGAGGAAGGUAUGGUGGUUGCGAUGAUGUAUUUAUAAGGAGGUUUAGCUGUUUUCGCCUGAGACGUCAUUGCAAUGCAUGUGCAACAAUAUUGUAAAAGAUUUUUCAUAACGUAACAUAAUAUGAUAUAUUGACAUUGUGUUUUUAUGCUGCUCUCUCACAGAUAGACUGUUUUGACAACUUUUUUAUUUUUUUGUUUUAGAAUCAGGCAAAUUUUGUGUUCAUGUCUAGAAAAGUGAUAUAACACUGCUGAUAAAGGACCAGAUGGCAGUUUUUCAUAUUUCCUUUCAAAAUUCGAAAAGCGUUACUAAUGCUAAAAAUUGCAUAAAACAUCAUUUUUUUAAUAUAAAUAUGAAAACCUGUGAUCUGAUUUUUGUGUGAGCAAUCUUAAUAUAUCACUGGUUUCGAUGCAUUUUUGCAAUAAUUGGCUUGUUCCAAGAUAAACAAUAAAAACAGUUGUCAAAACGUUCUAUCUGUGUGAGUGCAGCUUUAAAGUAAACAGGUUUACAUUAUGUUACCUUUUACCACAUUCAUCUGUGAUUGUUUUUAGCAUUUAGAGAGUUUGUCACAUUCUUAUUAAAUGGAAAACGCUGCAUUAUAGAAGAUACAAAUUUCUGUAUGUUCUCAGACUCGUGUUACCCUUUGCGGAACUACGUAUUACUGAAAUAAUUGACAGGCCAACUGCAAAUUAAUCUUCUGUUUUCAUCUCUGAAAAUUGAUGCUUAUUUGUUCUGGAUUUUCAUCUUUUAUUUCAGAAUUUGCACAUUUGUCUCAGGGGGCCGCCACACUUAUCCCCUAUGCCUCAAUGUUUAAUACUGGCACCUGUUUAAAAAAAAAACAGUUUUGAGCUAAUUUUGGUAUCACUGCCUUCAAUCCAGUCAUAGAAGAUAACUAAAGAACAUAUCUCAAUACUUUGUAAAAUUGCCCUAAAAUUCAUUUCUCCUAAAGCGUCAGUAACGCUUUUAGCCAUAAAACAUCAAUUUUCAAAAUGAAUAUUAAAUCUGCGAUUUGUUCUUUUGUCAGCAGUCUUAUAUCACUAGUUUCCAGACAUUAAUGCAAAAAUUGGCUCAUUUUAGGACAAAGAAAUGUCGAAACGGUCAAUCCAUGAGAGUGCACCUUUAAGACGAGUUUGAAAGUAAUUUGUUUUAAGAAGCAUUACUCUGAUGUAUUAUUCUUUAUGAUUUCACAAUUUUUACACAUGUUUGCCUUGAAACGUCUAUACUCUUUGUUAAAAUAUGCUGUUACUAUGGUAAUAAUAUUGUAUUUUAUCUCCCCUUGAAAGCAUAAUUUCAUUGUGAAACAAGAUUAUAUUUCAAAUCGCUGCUUUAUUUCAUGCCAUUAUUCAUAUUGUUUUAUUUCUGACAUUCUAACUAGAUUUGUUUAGUUUAUGUCAAAUAAAUCUGACUUCAGUUAA